AUGUCGUGGGAAGUGACCUUUUUCAAAGUCCGGUCCGUCACGGGGGGUGCAGCGGCCCUCUAUGCCAAUGGGCAGAUGCAAGUCCCCGUGAUUGUCUCUUUCAAAGCCCUCGAUACCACGAGAGACAUGUUUCACAUGUUCAUCUAUGCCUAUGCCUCGGUUCUCUUGACAUGGCGGGAGCAAGAUGGCACCGAGUAUGCCACCGAGCUGGUUGCCGGGGUGGUGGGCAUCCAAGCCAGCCUGAGUCUGCAGACCCGCGAAGCUGCUGCUGCUGCUGCUGAUGCCCGGCCGGACAUGAUUCAGCCUGCUCCCGGCUGGUGGGUGUAUGAGAAGAAGUGA